AUGGUUGAGCUCCGCGAACCGGCGACUCUUCACCACGUCGCCGAGAAUACCCGCCUACCCUAUAUCACAUCGAUGGGCCCCUCGCUCUCCCGAGCGACGAUUCUCACGAGUCGCAUCCAAUCUUCAAAGAUCCCGGAUCCCGACGGCAUCGGGCGCGGCGUCGGCGCCAUGGCGGCCCUCCGAGUCAGCUGGUCCGAGCUGUCUGUCACCAAGCAGAGGGCCUUUGAAGAUGCCAAGAAGAUGCAAAAGGCGGUCGUGGAGGAAUGCGCCCGGUCCGGCAAAGAAGUGCCCCAGUACCACCUCUCGGAGCUCAUCGGCAAGGGGAGCUUUGGCCGCGUCUACAAGGCCACGGCCCAGAAGACGGGCCGCCUGGUCGCCGUCAAGAUCAUCGACAUCGAGGAGAGCGACACACUGAACCCCCGGCUGGCCGACACCUACAGCGACCUUCUCAAGGAGAUCAAUGCACUGCAGCUGCUGAGCGACAGCGGCGCCCGAAACAUCAACCAUGUCAUCGAGGCAUUACCCGUCGGCCAGUCCAUGUGGAUGAUCACCGAGUACUGCGCCGGCGGCAGCGUCGCGACCCUCAUGAAGCCCACGGUCCCUGACGGGCUGCAGGAGAAGUGGGUGAUACCCAUCCUGCGUGAGGUCGCCGAGGCCAUGUACUGGGUCCACGGCCAGGGAAUCAUUCAUCGCGACCUCAAGUGCGCCAACGUCCUCGUCACAGAGGUCGGAGACGUCCAGCUCUGCGACUUUGGUGUCGCCGGCGUCAUCGAGACCAAAUUCGACAAGCGCACCACCGUCAUCGGCACCCCCAACUGGAUGGCGCCCGAGCUCCUCGACCAGUCGGCUUCCUACGGCACCGAAGUCGACAUCUGGGCCUUUGGCGCCAUGGUCUACGAAAUCGCCUCGGGCCUGCCGCCCAACGUCACCGACCGCAUCGACUUCUCCCAGCUCCGCAGUCGUCUGAAGCAGCAGACGCCUCGCCUCGAAGGCGACAAGUACUCGGCCGGGCUCAAGGACCUGGUCGCCUACUGUCUUCAGCAUGACCCUGCCAAGCGACCCACCAUUGAGGACAUCCAGCGCCACGGCUACCUCUUCAAAACAGAGGAGGCCUAUCCUACCUCUACCCUGGCCCACCUUGUGCGAGGCUUCAAGAUGUGGGAGGCUCAGGGGGGAGAUCGCCGGUCCCUUUUUGCUGCCGGCGGCGCCCAAGGCCUCGCCGAUGUCUCGUCUACGGCCCUAGCCAACGACGAGUGGAAUUUCAGCACCACGGCCGCCUUUGACCAGCAAGUCUUUGAUAGCGGACAGGCCCAGGAGGUCUUUGAUGCAUACGGCUCAAAUGUCGACUUCAGCCAGCAGUCGUUUGAGGAGACGUCGCGCCCGCCCAAGCCCAAGUCUCGCCGACGGCCCCCGCCGCAGCUCCCCUCCGCCAAGGCACCCCUGGAAAAAGUGUUUGACCCAAACACGAUAUCCAACUACGAAGACAACUCGAGGGCCUACUACGGAAGGCUAUUCCUGCCACUGCCCGCAUCCGACUUACCGCUCCGGGACGAGUCAGCCCCGGCCGCCGACGUCAGGGAGUCGCUGAUUGACCUGGAUGCCUCGCUGCACGGGAGCGACCUGUCUCAGUUUGUCGACCUCAACACCAUCAAGGCCGGCGACUCGCGUGUAUCUGCCAACUACGACUUUGGAGAUGGCUCCAUCUACGUCAAGGCGCCUCUCAGCGACCCGGCGGAUGUCAACGCCAACCGCCGCACCCAGGACUGGAAAUUCCCGACAAUGGCCACACCGGCCUCGGCGAAUCCAGAAAUUUUUAGGUUCCCGCUCCCCGAAGAACCGUCAACUCCGGACACGGGCCGGCCAUCUCUAACCCAUCACCAAACCGAACCUCUCCAAUCCUCCAUGGUCUUCAGCGACAUGUCGUCCAAGCAUAGCCCUGCCAACCGCGCCUCGGUCGGAAGUCUGAUCGACCUCGACAUGAGCUUCCCGGACUCGUCCACCGAGUACACCCGGCCAUCUACAUCGCACUCGGAUGUCGGGUCCAUCAGCGGCUCCGAGGUCGGCGGCGCGAACCCGUUUGAAUUGGAGAAGCACGCAUCUCUCUACCCGACGCCCAACACGAACCGUGAGCCGUCCAUCUAUGUCUCGGACGACUCCGAGUACGCUACCGCCGUCGUGGACCUGCCGAGGAUUUCUUCCGAUAGCGAACCCCCCCCCGCGGCGCCGACGCCGGCGUCGGCCAACGGUAUACCCGCCAACAGCGUCCGGCCUUACUCCCUCAGCGAGUUCGCAGACAUGGACCCCGAGUCCAUGUCGCCCCCCCAGACCGCCGCGCCCGUCGCGUCCCAGUUUCCCCCCUCGCUUCAAAACCGGCCCCCGCCGCAGGACCAGCUCCGCGAACCCUCUUCGCCCUUCAACUAUGCCUCCCUACCCCCUCCGCCCGUCGCGCCGUCGGCCCGGGUGAUGGAGGGCAGGGCAUCGACGGACGAGGUUAAGAAUGAGCUGCGACGCAUGGCCAUGAGCCUGGGCGACCAUCUCAGCCACGCAAACUGGUAUUUGUCGGGCCUGCCGGUCCGCAACGGGAGCGGCACGAGGCUGGAGCCUACCUUUGGGAACGGGGACUGA